AAAAACGCUUGCUUUUUGUCGUUCCACAGCCCUCCGCGCGGUCUAAUCUCAUCAAUGCUAUCAAGAGCGAGAGCUCAGCAGUACGCGGGGCGGCCCGGUCAGCUGUCUAAAGAGCCGCCGUGCGCGGGGCGACAGCCCGCCGCCUUUCAGGGCAGAUGUGGACCCGCUCGAAACGGUGGAGGCGGCGGCGGCGGGAGCCGCUGGCGCUUGGGCGCUGGAGGCAGAGGCAAGUACUGCAUCGGGCGCAAGGGCAAGCCACCGGGCAUCGGUCGCAUGGGCGGGGCGGGGACUGGUCGAAAAGGCGGGCCGGGCAUGGGUCGCAUCGGAGGGCGCGGCGGCAUUUGCGGAGGGUGCAGCGGCAAGAGCGAAGGGCGCAUCGACAUGUGCGGAGGGCGCAGCGGCGGUGGUGGAAGAAAUUGCUGAGGAGGGCGUAGCGGUGGCGGUGGAAGGAGCUGCUGAGGCGGCGGCAGCGGCUCUUGUGAAGGCUGAGGGGGCGUCGCCUUGUCUGGCAAGCUCGCGCCUCCGCCCUGCACGACAGCGGCCCUGGGGCCACCAUCAGCCGGGGCCGGCGCCGCGGCGGUGGCCGGCUUCUCCCAGCGGACCUCGCCGCUCGCCUCGUGCCAGUAGUACGGGUGCUGCCCAAGUUCGACGACGAGAGUCCACCCGCCGCGCGCGUCGGUGCUGCCGCCGGCCUCUGUGCCGCCGCCGCCACCUCGCGCCUCUGUCGCCGUCGCGUGUGCC